GUUACCCUUGAGACUCCAUUCCCCAGCAAGCUCAGCGCUUAGUGCGCAUUAUGGAGCCGCAAGUCGCCGAAUUGAAGCUGAAGAUUGAGAACACGUUGUGCCCUUUUGGCUUCGAGGUUUACCCCUUCCAGGUGGCAUGGUACAAUGCAUUGUUACCUCCAGCCUUCCACUUGCCCCUCCCAGGACCUACCUUGGCCUUCCUGGUACUCAGCACACCUGCCAUGUUUGACCGGGCCCUCAAGCCCUUCCUGCAGAGCUGCCACUUCCAACCAUUGACUGAUCCUGUGGACCAGUGUGUGGCCUACCACUUGGGACGAGUUAGAGAGAGCCUCCCAGAACUACAAAUGGAAGUUAUUGCUGACUAUGAAGUACACCCCAACCGGCGACCCAAGAUUCUGGCCCAGACAGCAGCACAUGUGGCAGGGGCUGCAUACUACUACCAACGACAGGAUGUGGAGGCUGACCCUUGGGGAACCCAGCACGUAUCAGGUGUAUGUAUACAUCCCCGGUUUGGGGGCUGGUUUGCCAUCCGGGGGGUGGUGCUGCUGCCAGGAAUACAGGUGCCAGAUCUGCUACCCACAGAGCCCCUCGACUGUGUACCGGAAAGAGCUGACAGAAUCACCCUGCUUGAAGGUUUCAACUUCCACUGGCGAGACUGGACUUACCGGGAUGUUGUGACACCCCAAGAGCGCUACUCUGAAGAGCAGAAGGCCUACUUUUCCACUCCACCUGCCCAACGCUUGGCCUUAUUAGGCUUAGUUCAGCCCUCUGAGCCAUGCCCUGCAUCCCCUGAACUUCCCUUUACCACACUCACACCUAAGAAACCUCAGAAUCCCAGCAGAACUGGGGGCUGGCUCAACCCAGAAGACUCACCACCUGAAUCUGCCAGCCCUUGAACUUCCCUCCCUUAUGGGAACUUUAUUUAUUUAGAAUAGUGGUACUAGGACUUACUUGGCUUACAUAUAGCUUAUAACCAAAUUUUAGUUUGGGUACAAAAGGAUUAUUUUUGAUGUAAUAGAUAUCUCCAAUGAAGGUUCACAGUAGUUUGGUUAAGAAAUCUAAAACCAAAGGCAAAUCUAAAAUUUCCAGCUGCUUCAAAAUACUGCAGUGCCUCCCUGGCAUAAGGGUUUAAAGCAAAGCACCGUGAAGGUAGCCACAGCCACUGUAGCACAAAUUCAAUCCCUGAAUUUGAGAAGAUAAACCACAUGGUAUAGCAGACCUCUCCUGUCUCUCCAGCUGCACCCCCUUGUCAGUCUAUUUCUGUCAAUCCACUUCACUCCUAUUGUCUUUGAUGAAUCCUCUCAUCAUCCCCACCUCUAGCCUGUACCCCAGUUCUUAUAUGCAUAAAUAAAUCUUUUAAAAUAUAUAUAC